GUGAAAGUGAAAGUACACAUGUCACGGUGACAAAACACAUAAUUUCACUCAGCUUCUUUUUGUCACAAAAUUGACGAUAAGCUACUUCACCAUGGCUUCAUAUUUUGAUGAACAUGACUGUGAGCCUCUUCAAGAUGGGGAACAACCUAAUCAUUUACUGCAUAUGGCUAGGCUAUUGUUGGAUAGUGGCUUAGGAGCAGAAUGGGAUAUGGAAUAUGGAAGUGUAUUUGGAGGUGAUCGUAAAGUUCCUCCAGCAUCUAAGGCCAGUGUUGAGGCUUUAGAAACACAUCUAGUCACACCAACAGAAGCAGCUUUAGAAAAAAAGUGUCCUAUAUGUUUGUCUCUGUUAGAUGAAGAAGAUGAAGUCAAGAAGAUGCCUUGUUCACACAUAUUUCAUUCAAAAUGUAUAUUACCAUGGUUACAAAAGGUCAACAGUUGUCCAGUUUGUCGCCAUGAGCUGCCAACAGAUGACCCUGAAUAUGAAGAAUUUAAAAAACACAAGGCUCGAGCAAAGCAGAGAGAGUUUGAACUUGACAGUCUGCAUAAUUCUAUGUUUGGAUGAUUUUAAAGAAAAUGUUCUGUGAUUGACAGAGAGACAAUUAUAAUAUGUGUCAGAUUAUUUAAUGUUUUUAGUCAUAACAUUUUAACUUUUAUUUAUUAUAUAAUAUAGAAAACUGGUAUAACAGAUAUUUACACUGGAAGCAUUAUUAUACACUUGUAGGUAUAGUCUGAGGAUUUUAAUGACUUUUGAAGCAGUACUUAUGACUAAUGCUUUAGAUUACACUGCACUAUACAAACAGUGUUUACAUUAUUGAGGUAUUUACCUACUACAUGGUGUACUUUGUUACUCUCAGUAUUUUUUAAAUUAGUAAUAUAUCAAAAGUUGUAAGGUUCAAUUAAUCUUUUGUAUUUUUUAUCAAAUAAAGAAGACCAUUAUGAUAA